GGGCUUCCCCCGGGCCCCACGUGUUUGUCACGCCGAGGACCGGGCUGCCCCGUCGCUCUGCCCAUGGCGGCUGGCGCUGCUUCUCCGCCUGCUCCUCCGGUGCUCCUGGGCCUGCGCGAUGCCGCUGUGCCGCCGACGGGCUCCUGCCAGGGCGGCCUCCUUCAGCUCCACGGGGCGGCGAGCAAAGUGGGCGGCUCUGCGGUGAGGAGGCGGCGGCGGGCUGCGUGGCAGGGACUGGGCGUAGGGCCCUUUCUGAGCCUCCUUGGUGCCUUUGGCGGAGGGGGGGGGAGAGAAACCGCCUCCCCCCACCUCUUUCCAAAAAAAGUCCCAAAAAUCGUCCCUUCACCUCGGUUCUCAGCCCGAGUUUAUGCGGGUUUACUCGGAAGUAAAGCCCGGUGUGAGUCCAGGAACCCGCAGGUAGGGUAGCUGUGGCAAAAAAACGGAAUCGCUGCUGAAAAAAGACUCGGAGGUGGCACGGAAGCGUCUGCUGCAAAGCCAUUCAGUGGCUGUGCAACCAGCUGUGGACGACGUUGCUUGGGCUUUAAACCGCAGUCCGAAAGUCAGAUUUCUGAAGGGAAGGGCUCUAUAUAGCUUAUGCUCUUCGUACCCUAAAUAUGGUCCCACCUUCAGUCCCCGGCAUCUCUUACGCUGAGUCUCCCUGGAAAGUAACACCUGUGUUCCUGGGCGGGCUCUGCAAAGCAGCUUUCUGUGUUUCACUUCCUUGAAUAGAGUAAUGGGAUAAGAACCCAAAGCUGGGUUGUGCCAAAGAGGCCUUCUGACUCCUACUCCCCCAUGAAUCCUCCAAGCAGAGCAUGAAGGCGAUGGCCGUUUGCUCCUGUUGUUCCCUUGCUAACUGCUAUUUAUACUUGAGCACAAAAGCACUCUCCCCUCCAGUAGAUGCCAGCAUUUGUUUUUCAGAAGCAUUGUUACCUCUUAAGCGUAGAGGCAGAGCAUAGCCAUCACAAGUAGUACCCAUCGAUAGCCCCUUCCUCCAUGAAUUUGUCUAAUCCUCUUUUAAAGUCAUCCAACUUGGUGGCCAUCAUUGCCUCCUGUAAGAGCAAGUUCUAUAGUUUGAACUCUGUGCUGUAUGAAGAAGUGCAUACUUUUAUCUGUCCUGAAUCUUCCAACAUCCAGCUUCAUUGGAUGUCCGUAAGUUCUAGUGUGAUUAGACAGGGAGAAAAACUUUUCUCUAUCCACUUUCUCUAUGCCAAGUAUAAUUUUAUAAACUUGUAUCAUGUCACCUCUUAGUUGCCUUUGCUCUAAACUGAAAAGUUCCAGUCUCUGCAUCCUUUUUCAUAAGUCUUUGCACCCCCUUGAGCAUUUUGGUUAAAGACUCUGUAGAAUGACUGGUAGCCAUUGGUAGAUGUCUCAUUCCUCAUGAAGCUGCCUAUUCUCCCUUUAAAAGCCAUCUAAACCGGUGGCCACUGCCACCUGAUGGACUGGUUUGUAUGCUACAAUAGGACACAGUUCAUAUUAGACCGUUUUAAAUCCUGAUUUAAUCUUAGACCAUGAUUUAAUCAUAAAUGUGCCUCCUCACUGCUACACAGGUCACCACACAGUUCUUGUCUCCCUGCUGGCCAACCCCACAUGUACUGUGCAGCUCAAGCAAACCACAGUGCAACUUGUCAUGUUGUCUGAACCUAAACUACCGUAUUUUUCGCCCUAUAGGACGCACCGGCCCAUAGGACACACCUAGAUUGGGGGGGGGAUAAAGGGAAAAAAAUUAUUCCCCCCCCCCCCCAGAACAGGCUGCUGCCCGCAAGCCUCCCGCCGGGCGCGCAAGGCUUGCGGACAUCUGCCCGAAGCACGGGGCGUGCUCCGCAGCGCACCCCGUGCUUUGGGCUGCAGGCUGCUGCCCGCAAGCCUUGGGAGCCCAGCGGGCACUCCCACCGGGCUCCCAAGGCUUGCGGAUAGCUUCCUGAAGCCUGGAGAGCGAGAGGCGUCGGUGCGCACCGACCCCUCUCGCUCUCCAGGCUUCAGCAAAAGCCUGCAUUUGCCCCAUAGGACGCACACACAUUUCCCCUUCAUUUUUGGAGGGGAAAAAGUGCGUCCUAUAGGGCGAAAAAUACGGUAUAGUUUGUUUGUUAAACCAUAACGGGUUAGCCAGAAAUAAAACUGAAAACAAAACUUCACUCUGAAAUGAAGCAUAAGCUUCAGGUUACAUGUCACGUCAUAAUGGUGAUCCAAGUGGCUUGUUUUGAGACAAACUGUGGCUUAUUAUGAUAUCUGAAAAAGACAUAUGUGGCAUAAUUGCUGAACCACCACCAUACUCAUUUUUAUUAAUGGGUUGUUGUGAUGAGUAGAACAAGGGAGUGCUGCAGAUCAGAAAGUAGUUUUAAGGGACAAGUGCUGCAAUGCCAAUGCCAAAUCUGCGCCACUUUUGGGAGGGUCUUUUUGUUGAAAACACAAUUUUAAAAUAAUCUACUUCUUUUUCCUUUUUUACCCUAGGACUGUGUCCCUUCAGUCACUCUGGUUCAUCCUGCCUGUGAGGUUUGCAAGGCUGGCUUGGCACACAUUGUUCAGAUCUAUUGCCCCCUUGAAGGCUCACCGUUCCACCGCAUCAUUAACGUGUUUGCUUGCACAAUGAAAAGCUGCUGGGGGAACUCCAAAAGGUGUGUGGCAGUUUAUUUGCCUUUGCUCUAUGAUUGCGGCAGUGCUGAAAGUGGCUCUUGGAUGCUAGUCAUAUACUUAAGUAAAAAAAUAAAUACUUUAUAGCAUGUUCGAAGCUCUCUCAGCAAUCCUUCCAGCCUUGCAAGGUAAGUCAGUUCUAUCCCUUGUUGCAGAUUAGUGAGAGUGGCAUCUGCCCAUGGGUAGAGUUCAUGCCUUGUAUCAUGAAAGUUCCUGUUUCAAUCCCUGGCACCUCCAUGUAGCAAAGUAAAUGACUCUUUUCUGAAAUGCUGGAUUGCCACUGCCAGUCAUUGUAAACAAUACUGAGAAAGAUGGUCUGACCCUAGUACAGUGGUACCUCGGGUUACAGACACUUCAGGUUGCAUACGCUUCAGGUUACAGACUCCGCUAACCCAGAAAUAUUACCUCAGGUUAAGAACUUUGCUUCAGGAUGAGAACAGAAAUCGUGCUCCAGCGGCACAGCAGCAGCAGGAGGGCCCCUUAGCUCAAGUGGUGCUUCAGGUUAAGAACAGUUUCAGGUUAAGAACGGACCUCCGGAACGAAUUAAGUACAUAACCCGAGGUACCACUGUAUUAGGUAAGGUAGCUUUUUGUGUUUCCAAAACCACCUAAUGAUGGAGAAGGGAAUCAAACCAUGGACUGCCUGAUUUAUAUUUUAGCCCCCUACACUAUGCUAGUAGUAAUACUAUGAAACUUGAAAACUUUGACCCACCAACAUGACUUCCGUUUCUUUCAUCCUGCUUGGCUUGCUGCACAUCUAAAGCUGGAAGGUGUUGCGGUCCCAGUAUCUGCAAGUGCAAGGAAAAGAAAUGCAAGACUGCAAAUGGAAGCAGGUAUUAUGUACCAUCAGGGACAUUUUCUUUAGGUCAGGGGUAGUCAACCUUUUUAUACCUACCGCCCAUUAGCGCAUCUUUCCUGAUGGUAAAAUUUCCUUACCGCCCACCAGUGCUCCAUGGAAGGAGGAUUCAGCUUGUGCCGUAGAACCCCCUACUGCCCACCUAGAAUCCUGAAAUGCCCACUAGUGGGCAGUAGGGACCAGGUUGACAACCCCUGCUUUAGGUAAUAAGAGCAUGUGGCCAAAGGUAACUGACAUUUGGCCUUGUAGUACCUGAGACUUUUAGCAUCUCUUCCCUCUUACAAACAUAGCAGCUGCACAAUGUUAGCUGCUGCUCCUAAACAGGCAUGGAUGAUUUCCCUCUCACUGCCCUUGGCAUCAUGGCAUGUGUGGGAGGGGAGGAGGUUUAAACCUUCCUGCUCAGCAUGCCAGCAUGAGGAUGAGAAUACAUGCUCUGCUUAUGUUGAUCUGUAGAGAUCAAGGGGACUCUCUGUGCAUGUGUUCAGGGAGAGUGUGCUGUUUAACCCUGCUUAUAUAUUUGUAGCAAAAUCUGCAAAGAGUUUUGUUGUACCUUAAAACGAACAAGUUUCUUGUAGCCCAGUUUUGUAAGUAUAUUAUAGCUUAUCAUUGAAUCGGCUUAGAAGAGUUUGACAAGUGGCCCUAAUAGAGAAAUUGGCAAACAAAAUAUGACUAAAGGACAGAGACUUGUUUACAACUGAUGUUGUAGUUUUAUGGAUUACAUGGAGAAGAAAAACAACCCUGAACUCUCAAAAUCAUCCAGACCUUUUUGGUUGCUCUUGGUUAAAUAAUAUUCUACGCUUUAGACUACUGACGGUCUAUUUUUACACUGCAUUUUCACUGUAUACCUCGAGAUAUUUUGUUAAGGGGGGGGGCAUUAUUUUCAAAAAAUCAAUAAAGCUAUCAUUAAAAAAAUGUAACGAGUUUCUGAUGACAUCACUUUUUGAGGACUGGAGCCCACCACUGGCACCCAUGAAAAAGUGAGUCUUUAAGGUGCAACAAAGCUUUUUGUUGUUGUUUUUCUGCGACAGACUCAUGCAGCAGCUACCCCUCUGGAAAUUCUUGCUUUAUUUUUGUGGGGCUGUACUACUUAUAAAAUGUCAAAUGUCAGCUUCUUUCCAGGACCUUUGAUUUGAAACCUGUCUAAGGUUGUGUCCUUGUAUUCACAGAAGCAAGAAUGUCUGCUUGCAGCCAAGGACUGGUGUGAGGAAGCAGAUGACUGGGGAGAAGGCAGUGAAGCAGCUGCUUCUGAAUACACUACAGGCCACAGCCGUGACUUGCUUGCAGUGUCGGACUCUUUGCUCAGAGAAGGAGAUUGUGCCGCACAGUUUCAGGGUCUCAGCCUGGAAGCACCCCCCAGUGCCUCCCACCCUUUGCACUCCCAUAAUCCACCUGGGGAAGAGCAAAUCAUUCCCAGCUGUGUCCCUGAGUUCCAACCUUACUACAUCAGUGUUGUGGAAGAAGACGACUUCCUCUGCUAUGAAGAUACAGGCCAUGCCCAAAGACUCUUGAAGGAGUAUCAGCAGAGGGAGGGCCUUGAUUUGGAACAAUUGAUGUUGGAAAGGUGAGCCAUGGAGUUGGGGCUAGUGUGCAAGUGUUACAGCAGGAAACCGCUAGAAAUCUCUGGUUUGGGGAGCUCCCAAACCGGAAAGCCCAUUUCAGAUUCCCAUUCUCUGCUGCAGCAGUAUCUUCCAUGACUCUUACCCAACAAGUAUCGGAGCUCCAAGGUCAGUAAAACCAAAAGGGGGCAGACCAGUCCCUUGACACAUCUCCAGACCUCCAUGGUCAGUGGCAGUAUGCAAGGGAUUAUGUGUGGGCAAAGUGCUGCUGCUACUGCACUCAUGUCCUGCUUGUGCCCUUUCUACAGACACACAGUUGGCCACUGUGAGAACAGGAUGCUAGACUAGAUGGACCCCCUUUGACCUGAUCCAGGCGCAUUGGUCAUAUUCUUGAUUCUGAAUUUUAUAGCCAAUAUACAAAGAACAAUGUGUUGAUUGUGAAGGAAUUUACAGACAAAAUCCAUCUAAAUGUGGCUGGUUUUCUUCUGAUUUAAUAGUGCCUGGCACCACAGAAAUGUGGAUUUAAAGCAGUUAUCUGUAGAUUUAGCAUCUUUCAGAUGCUUUGUUGCUCCUCUGCAGUUUCUCCACACACACACACCAAACAGCCACCGUGACUACUAGAUAAGACCAUGUCUUCCAUCUCUUAUUCCUUUUGUAACACUAAUCAUUGUGUUGCAGGACUGAAAUUCUAUCAGUUUUUAGUCGCAAUUCUGUUUUUGUUACCCAGAGUGCAUUUCAGAUGUCGUCAAGGGCCUUUAGAUAACUCUCUUUCUACCUACCUGGAAUAGAAAUGGUCAUUGGAUAGAAUUUUAUUUUUAUCUUCUUGAAAAUGUGUCUUGUACUGCACUUCAGCCACUGAGAGGCUCUGCUGAUAAUGGAGUAGCCUUUCCCAGCCUGGUGCUCUCCAGAUGUUUUGAACUGCAAUUCCCAUCAGCUCCAGCCAUCACGGAUGUAUGAUGUUGGGGCUGAUUGGAGUUGUAGUCCAAAACAUCUGGAGGGCAACAGGUUGGGAAAUGCUGUUUUACUGCCCCUGCUGGCCAGUGCUCAUGUUUUGAAAAAAGGCAACCCAGUGGUCAGUAUUAGAUAGCUUCUAAAUAACAUUAUUUGGCUUAUGCAGCCCAAUCCCAGAACAAUAUCCCAUCCACUAGUACAGGUAAACCCUUAGUAUUUUUUUCAGUAUAAUGGUUGGUUUGUGCUGGAUGGAUGCAUGGAAAUUAAAGUUGGAUGGGACAUUUUGGGAAAGGGCCUCCAUGGUGGAGGGUCUGCUUUGCAGGUGGGAGUUGCCAGGAUUCAAAACCCAACAUCUCCUGGUAAGGCUGAGAUAGUUUCCACACCUGAAACCCUGAGAGCCACUGCCAAUUUAGACAGUACUGAGCUUGAUGCAUCAAGCCAUCUUCCUAGAUUGUUGUGUCUGGUUACUGACACGGCUGCUCAACUAAUACCCACUUGAUUUAUUCAUUUUCUGUUAAGUAGAAAAGAUUCCACAGUUUGUGCUGUCCUUCUGGUAAUUUCACAGUUACUGUAAUAUUUGCAAUUUCUCUCCCCCCCCCCCCCAUGCUUAGCUACGCAUCCGAUGGUGAGAAGUAUGAGAAAAGUGAAGCCGAAAAGAGACACCAGGUGUUCCUUAAGUUCAUGAAAAGGAUCUCUCUCUGCCCGGAACAGAUCUUAAGGUAGGCUGACCAUUUCCAUUUCUCUGUGAUGGAGAAUAGGUCUUUAGCAGGAAUGAAAUUAGCCUGUCUUUAUAGACACUUUCUACUAUCCUUUUUUAACCAUUAGGUAUUCCUGGGGUGGCCAGCCUUUAUUUAUCACCUGCCCUUCAACAGACAUUGGGUCAGCAGCCCCACCUUGUAAUAUCUGCAAAAGCAAGAGAAUCUUUGAAUUUCAGCUUAUGCCCACCUUGGUCAGCAUGCUCAAGACAAGAGUUGACGGUAUGAAGCCCUUUCAUUAAAGAAUUCAGUUUGCAAUUAUUCCCUUGGACAUCUGGUUAGUGGAGAAGAGGAUGCUGGGCUAGAUUAGCCCCCUUUGGUCUGAUCCAGCUUCAGGGUUCCUCCAAUGUUCCUUUUCUUCAUCUCCCGUUCAUUUUAUGAACUUGCGCAUGGCGUAUCUUAAAUUAUUUUAAAAUACCUUGAAAUGUAUGUUCGCAGAAACAAAAAGAAGAUCUAAGAAACACUUUUCUUCUCUUUUUUUGAGGAAAACCGAUUAAAUUGUGAGAAAACAACAGAGGUAUCCAAAGGAGAUAUUCAUUUCUGUGCUUUAAAUGAACUUUCAGAAACAUCUCCAUAGGAACAAAGGAAGCUGUCUUCUACUGAGUUGGGCUGUUGGUCCAGCUUGCUUUAUAUUGUUUACACCAGGGUGGCCCAACUUUUCGUACCAAGUGGGCUGCAAGAACCUAUGGGCUGUACACUGCCUUGGUGCACGCUUGGGGUAGCUGCUCCCCUAAAUCAAUAAAAAGCAAACUGAGGUUCUUCCCCCCCCCCCCCAACAAAAGGCCUGUCUACACCCAUGGUCGCAAGUGGGACAGGGGAGCCAAAAUUUGAAUCCCUCCCCAAGGAACUGGGCUUUGGGAAGGAGGUGUGUGGCUCUGGCAGGGUGCUAAAGCCCUGCCAUCUUUUCCUCAAAGCUGGGAAAGCGCUAACUAGGCAUUGGAAAGGAGGAUAAAGGACUCUAAGACCCUGUCAGACCUCUCACAGCUCCUUUCCAAAGCCUAGUUCACUUACUGAACUUUGGGGAGGCAGUGUGAGGGCUGGGGGAGCGGUCAUGUGUUGCCGAGGGCCACCAAAAAAGGCCUUCAGGGCCAUAUGUUGAGCCACCCUGGUCUACGCUGACUGGCAUCAACUCUCAGAGGUUUCAGGCAGAGAUGUUUUCCCAGGCCUACCUGGAACCGCUUGGGAAUGAACCAGGGACCUUCCAUAUGCAAAGCAGAUGCUCUACUGAACUACAGCCUUUCCCCAUGCAUGGGUGAGUAUAAUAAUAUUAAUGCUUUUCUUUCCCCGUCACCAGAUGUGUCAGUGGAAUUUGGAACAGCAUUGGUGUAUACUUGUGAGAAGAGCUGCUGGCCGGCCAAUCAACCAACAGCCUUGGAAGAAUUUAUUUUUGUACAAGAAGAUCCAGAUCAGAAAUUAUUUAAAUAGAUUUUAUUUAUUUCCUUGUAGCUGUGGUUUUUAAAAAAAUAAAAUAAAUGCAGUAACAACUUGGUUGAGAUGCCAGCUUUCUGUUUAGUCAGUCUAUGAUCAGUGAAUUGAUGAGUAGCAUGCCCAGAACUAUAACUCACACAGAGACAGAGAGGUCUGUACUGCUCUGGCAAUUCUUGCUCUCUUCUACAAGCCUUCAUCAACCUGGUGCUCUCCAGACAUUCUGGACUGACUGGAGCUGAUGGGAGUUGUAGUUUGAAGUGUCUGAAAGGCCCCAUGUUGGUGAUGUCUGCAUUUACAUAGCAUGAUUCCUUUUGACUCUGAGUGACAUAUUUUAACUCAGUGGGGAGGAAUGCACCUCUGCUUUCCAAAUUCUGGGCAAUAAUUGACAAUGGUUUCCCACUGUGGAGAAAUAUAAGAGAGAGGAAAUCCCAUCAUUCAGAACUCAUGGACAUUUAAGGAAGCUGAACGGUGGAAGAUUCUAGAUGGAUAAAAUAAAGUCCUUCAUGCAGCACACAGUCAAACUAUGCAACUCACUCCCACAGGAGGCAGUAAUGCUCAGAUCUUGCUCACAUGUGACCCAGUUCUGCUGUAAAUUGAAAUCCCAAUAGUUUAGCUACUCCUAAACUAUUGAGAGCCAGUGUGGUGUAGUGGUUAAGAGCGGUAGUCUCGUAAUGUGGGGAACCGGGUUCGUGUCUCCACUCCUCCACAUGCAGCUGCUGGGUGACCUUGGGCUAGUCACAUUUCUUUGAAGUCUCUCAGCCCCACUCACCUCACAGAGUGUUUGUUGUCGGGGAGGAAGGGAAAGGAGAAUGUUAGCCGCUUUGAGACUCCUUAAAGGGAGU